GCGUAGGAACGCCGCCAGGUGGCAUUCGUUCAGGUUUAUUGUGACGCACACCUUCGACUGAUUCAGCCUUCGUUUGAGUUUUAUGAAAGCAACUCUGUUGCUUCUCUCAUCACUCCCUCCCUCCUUCUCCCACGAAGUCGCGACGACAGAGCGAAAGGUUGGCGUCUGGUGGCACAAGCUUUCCGCGCAGAUCUGGUCACCCAGCCUGUGGUUGCCAAAAGAACUGACUUGGAAAGAUCUUCAGUCUACCAAAAACUUUACGUACCCAGCUGCUGAUGAUGUGUUCGUUUAUCCCUUGUUAUUCUGUAUCUUCAUCAUUAUACUGAAGCUCUUUGUGCUGGAUCCUUUCAUCUUCAUUCCCUUGGCUGAUUCAGCAGGUAUCCCCAAUAAGAGAGCAAAGCCCCCACCCUCCAAUAAAACUCUGGAGAAGUUGUACAGAAAGUAUGGAACCAAACCACCUCAAAAAGAGUUGCUUUUAGUCACUCGGGAACUGGAGGUGACUCAGCGACAUGUCGAAAGAUGGCUGCGGCACAAACGCAAUUCUGAGGCGUGCACCAAAUACCAUAAAUUUGUUGAAUGCGGGUUUCACUUCUUGGGUCACACAGGCAUCACUCUUUAUGGUCUGGUCGUCAUGCUUAACAAACCUUGGCUUUGGGACAUAGAGAUCUGCUGGCGAGAUUAUCCUCGUCAUAACAUCACCCCCGAUUUGUGGUGGUAUUACAUGGUAGGUUUGUCCUAUUAUUGGGCUUCGACUUUCUUGCAGAUGUUUUCCAUUCAAGGCAAAAGGUCCGAUGCAGUGGAAAUGAUGCUGCAUCAUUUUUUCACAGUGGUUCUCAUCACUUUCUCCUGGAUCAUCAAUUUCGUGAGAGUGGGAACCCUCAUUUUGAUGGUGCACGAGUGCGCCGACAUCCCUUUGGUUGCAGCGAAGAUGUUCAAAUAUGCGCAGAUAGAUGCCCCCACUGAUGUGUUGUUUGUCGUUUUCUUGCUAGUGUGGUUAUAUACUAGGUGUUACUUGUAUCCUUUUUGGAUUCUGCAUAGUAUUUUCUUUGAGGCUCCAAUAUUAACUGGUAUUCCCAUUGUCAUAUUCUGCAAAGGUUUGCUGAUAGGUUUAAUGAUACUGAAUCUGAUAUGGACAGGCUUAAUUGCAAGUAUCAUCGUGAAAAAAUUUACUGGUGGCGCCCUUGAAGACAUUCGUUCUGGUGCAGAAGAGGUUUCGGAAGAAGAUUUGAGCAGCGUCACAAGAAAAGACGACUGAGAUCAUGUAGUAUUUACACUUGAUUGUUCCUACAGAACAAACCUUUGGUUUUAGCGUGAGGGAAAAUCCUCUACCGCCUGCUGGAGAAUUUUCCUUUACGUUAAGACCGCAGGUUUGUUAGUUAUGAAAAAUACAAAUUGAUUUAAAAUUUGUCAUUUUCUGAUUGGAUUUUCCACUGAGUACAGCGCCAAAGAGUUUUUUAAGGAUCCUGGAAUGCCAGAUAAUUAUUAUACACUAUUCAUAGGACUCCAUUUUAUUAUAUAAAAUAUGAGACAAGAAAAUUGAUUACAAAGUAUUUUUGAGCAUCAAAGGACCCGGCCAUGUUCACAUUUCCUAUAUAUCAGUUUUGAGUGAAGCUUGAACAUACAGUAUUUGCUAGGUUAAUGAGAACAGUACAAAUUUUGUAUGCUUAGAAACACACUGCAUGUCACUGGCUCGCCACUACGAUAUUGCCUUGCAUACAGCAUUGUCAUUGUAUUAUUAUGUCAUACAGAGUUAAUACCAGUUUUCAGUGCUUCUCAUUCCCUUAUCACUAAACAUUUAAUGCCACAUACUACAAUGCAUUACGGCACUUGAGUAUGCCAGGACACUGCACUACACUAGCCAUUUCUAUAAUUUAUUGAUAAGCUAUUUUUCUCUUCAGAUUUAUCAUGUUCGUUUAUGUAAUAAAUGCUUUGCUUGAUUUCCAUGAGGAUACUUGUCAGAUCUUGUUCUGUUGCCUCAAUAUCAAUUCACAUUAAGACUGUUAACAGGGAAAUAGGACAUUGCAAAAAAAAAGUCCUCAUUCAAAACUUCUAAAAUAUUUUUGCCGUCGGUUUUUUUUAUUCUUGCUUAACCUCAACCCAUUUAAUUGUUGUACUGUAUACUUGUUCAGUGUGUGAAGGUUAUUGUCCUUUUUAAAUAAAUAUUUUUUCCA